AUGUCUCAACAAGAUUCCCAAGUGAUUGCAUCUUCCUUCCCAGAGCAACAACCAAGAGUGAAGGCCACUCGUUCCGUGGUGGUCUACUGUGCCAGUAGUUCCAAGCUGGAUAGAAAAUAUUUUCUUGCCGCAGAGCAAGUUGGAAAGGCUUGUGCUGAGAAUGGGGUUUCGGUCCGUUAUGGUGGUGGAAACUCGGGCUUGAUGGGCACUGUGGCUCAUGAAUGUAUGAAGCAUGGAGGACACGUUGUUGGUGUUAUUCCAAAAUUCAUGAUUGAUAAACAAUGGAAUAUGGAACAGAAUUUUAUUUCCGAAUUGAUUGUUACGGAAAGUAUGCACGAAAGAAAGGCUAAAAUGGUGGAAGAUACCGAUGCUUGUGUGGCCUUACCAGGUGGAGUGGGUACCUUUGAAGAAUUAUUGGAAGUCAUUACAUGGAAGAAGCUUGGUAUUUAUUGCAAACCCAUUGUUAUUGUGAAUGUUGAUGGAUAUUACGAUCCUCUUAUUCAAUUAUUCAAAAAUGCAGUCCAAGAACAGUUCAUGAAUCCAAAGCAUAUGGACCUUUUCUCAGUAGUGACAUCUGGUGACGAAGUUAUUAAUGCUAUUAAUACUGCUCCCUCAUGGUCAGAAUCCAAUAUUGAUUUUGUUGCUGAAUUGCUCUAA